AUGGUAUACGGAGAGAACAUGGAAUCCAAGAAAAGGGAGGCUGACACCUUACCAGUUUUGAGAAACAUCUCCUCCACAUUAGGUAAGAUAGGAGAGCGGGGGCUGAAUUUGUCAGGGGGGCAGAAGCAGAGGAUCAGCCUGGCCAGAGCUGUCUACUCAAAUAAAGACAUCUUCCUUCUUGAUGAUCCGCUAUCUGCUGUUGACGCCCAUGUGGGGAAACAAAUCUUUGAAGAAUACAUCAAGAAAGAGCUCAAGGGCAAAUCUGUCAAACUGGUUACACACCAGCUGCAGGAGUCGAUGGACACCUUGAAUGCUCCUGCAAUGGAGCUCCAGAACAUCCACUGUCUGGGGGAGGAGAUCCUGGCAUCGUGUCACCCCGACUCCAUCAUCACCCUGAAGUCCUGGAUCAGUGUCACCAAGACCCGCUACGAGGAGGUCCAGACAUUGGCCCAGCUGCAGGGCCAGAAGAUCCAGUCCAGCUUGGCAGCUCUGGAGGCUGAGAAGGAGGAGGUCCAGAGGCUCCUGGACUGGAUCGGAUCAGCAGAGGAGGCUCUGAACCUGACAGGACAAGAACCUCUGCCCGACAACACCGAGCAGAACCAGGAAUUCAUCGACCAGCACCAAGACAGAAUGAAGAACAAGCAUUCUUUGGAGAGAAACGGUGGUUCGGCAGUCUCUUUUACGGAGGAUGGAGUCCGGUGGAAGGCUGAAUCGGCUGAAGGUGCCGACACGGACCACAAUGAAAAAGCACAAACUUCCAGAUUCGCAAAAUACCACCAGAGUAUUCAGACCCUCAAACCCUUCCGCUGGUCCUCAUCACAGCCCCAUCCUUUGGACAAUGCAGGUUUCUUUUCCUUUACAACCUUUGCCUGGAUGACUCCAAUGAUGUGGGCCAUUUUCAGGAAUAAGCUGGACAUAAGUAAAGUUAACCUGUCUACUUUUGAUACAUCAGAGACCAGUGGAGAUAGGCUCAAUAGACUCUGGCAAGAAGAAGUAGCAAAGGUGGGAAUGGAGAAGGCCUCUUUAAUCCGAGCGGUCCUACGCUUUCAAAGAACCAGGCUCAUUCUGUCUGUUAUUGUUGGUGUUGCUGCCAUGGUGGCUGUAUUUCUGGGGCCGGCUGUUUUGGUUUAUCAGAUCCUGAACUAUGUUGAUGACCCAAAGAAAUCCACUGUGUCUUAUGGGAUCGGCCUGUCCUUCGGUUUGUUUUUUACUGAGUUCUGCAAAGCCUUCUUGAUAUCACUGCUGUGGGCAUUGAACCUGCGCACAGCAGGCAGACUGAAAGGUGCCUUCUCAUCACUGGCUUUCCAGAAAAUCACCUCCCUGCGUGUGUACAGUGGCAUUUCUAUGGGAGAGAUGAUUAACGUUGUGACCAGUGAUGGCCAUAGGAUCUUUGAGGCAGUACUGUUUGGGAGUUUCACACUGGCUUCCCCAGUACUCUUUAUUGUGUGUGUCAUAUAUUCUUGCUACGUCUUGGGCUAUACUGCAUUGACUGGAGUCGGCACCUACCUCAUUUUUAUCCCCAUACAGAUUCUCUUGGCUAAGCUCAUAAAUAUAUUCAAGUUGAAAGCCAUAAUGUUGACUGACAGCCGUGUUCGCACAGUGAACGAGAUUCUCAGCAGCAUCAAACUUAUCAAGAUGUAUGCCUGGGAGGAAUCUUUUGAGAAGAAGAUUGCAGACUUAAGGAAGAAAGAAAAGAAGCAACUGCAAAAGGUCAGUUAUGUCCAGAAUGGAAACAUCAGCAUCACCAGUAUCAUCCCUACCAUAGCCACUGUUUUCACCUUCUUGGUGCACACGUUGUUGGGCUUAGAGCUCAACACGCCUGACGCCUUCACUACCAUCGCUGUCUUCAAUUCCAUGAGGUUCUGUCUGGCUUUAAUGCCCCUGUGUGUUAAGGCCUUAGCUGAAGCUGCUGUUGCAAUACAACGACUGAAGAAAAUAUUGAUGAUUCAGAACCCAGAGCCCUACUUGAUACAGAGGAAAGACACAGACUCUGCUAUAGUCAUGAGGAACGCUACAUUCUCCUGGACUAAACCAAACAACGAGCCAGAACCUCAGCUCAGAACAUCCAAUGGGGUGGUGGAACACAAAGUGGAUGUAGAAUCCCAGGAAAGCAAGACUGAAACCUUACCAACUUUGAGAAACAUCUCCUUCACAUUACCUAAGGGGAACCUCCUUGGUGUUUGUGGAAAUGUGGGAAGUGGGAAGACAUCACUGAUUUCCAGCAUUUUGGAGCAGAUGUACAUUCUCCAGGGCUCGACCACAACCGAUGGGACAUUUGCCUAUGUUUCACAACAAGCCUGGAUUUUUCAUGGAACUGUUCAACAAAAUAUCCUGAUGGGUCAACCUUUUGACCAAGCCAAAUACGACAGAAUUUUGGAUGUCUGUAGCCUCAGAGCUGACCUGAAAAUCCUUCCAUAUGGUGAUCAAACGGAGAUAGGAGAGCGGGGGCUGAAUUUGUCAGGGGGGCAGAAGCAGAGGAUCAGCCUGGCCAGAGCUGUCUACUCAAAUAAAGACAUCUUCCUUCUUGAUGAUCCGCUAUCUGCUGUCGACGCCCAUGUGGGGAAACACAUCUUUGAAGAAUGCAUCAAGAAGGAGCUCAGGGGGAAAUCUGUCAUACUGGUUACACACCAGCUGCAGUAUCUGGAGUUCUGUGAUGACAUUUUGCUCCUGGAGGACGGGGAGAUCCUAGAAGCAGGAAACCACCAGGACCUGAUGACCACCAACAAACGCUAUGCUCAGCUCAUCAGCAACUACCAGAUGGAGCAGUCCAAAACUCAGAAAGAAGAGGAGGAGGAGGAAGCAUCACCUGAAGACGAGGUCCAGAUGAAUGAAGUCAAGCUCAGUCGCUCAGAUAGUGGGAUAGAAAACCCAGCGUUCGACAUGUCGGAUGAAAAGACAGAUGGAACAGCUGUACAAAAUUCUGCUGCUGAGGGCAGUGACCAACUGGUCAGUCAGGAGUCCUCCACAGAGGGCGCCAUCUCAUGGAGAGUCUACCAUCACUAUGUGCAGGCAGCUGGAGGCUACUUCCUCAGUUCCCUUGUCUUCCUGAACAUUGUCUUGAUGAUUGGAUCCACAGCCUUCAGCAACUGGUGGCUGAGCUACUGGCUGGGGCAGGGGAAUGGGAAUUCGACAACAAACAAUGGCGACAUCUCCCAAAACCCAAAACUUUCCUUCUACCAAAUGAUUUAUGGUGUGAUGGUGAUUGUCAUGGUGGGACUUGCCUUCAUCAAACUCUUCUUCUACACUCAUGUAACCUUGAACGCAGGCUGCAAAUUUCAUGACACCAUGUUCAACAAGAUCAUUACCAGUCCCAUGAGUUUUUUUGACACAACACCAACUGGUCGUAUUCUCAACCGCUUUGCCAAAGAUCAAGAAGAAGUGGACAAUGUGCUUCCCAUGCACAUGGACCCUUUUCUGCAAUUUUGUCUAAUGGUUGUCUGCACUGUCAUCAUCAUCGCAUCAGUCUUCCCCCCCUUGCUUGUGGCUGUGGUUAUUAUGGGAGCUUUGUUUACUCUCAUUCUAUUUGUAUUCCAGAAGAGUAUUCGACAGAUGAAGAAGUUGGAAAACAUCAGUCGCUCUCCUUGUAUCUCUCUCACCACCUCCACCCUGCAAGGCCUCAGCACUAUCCAUGCCUACAACAUUGGAGAUGGGGUUGUUAAAGUGUUCAAGACCCUCAAUGACAUCAACACCAAUCACUAUCUACUGUUUCACUCUGGGACACGUUGGCUGUCAUUCUGGCUUGACUUUAUGGCUGCCACCAUGACCUUGUUGGUAGCUUUGUUUGUCGUCCUUAGCAGUGACACGCUUAGUUCAUCUCUGAAAGGCCUGGCCUUGUCCUACACCAUACAGCUCACUGGCAUGCUUCAGUAUGUUGUGAGGCAAGCGACAGAAGUGGAGGCAAGGUUCAGCUCAGUGGAGCGGCUACAAGAAUACAUCACGAAUUGUAAAUCUGAGGCUCCCAGACACAUAAAGGAAGCUCAAAUUCCAGAGGAUUGGCCUCAGAGUGGAGCCAUCACUUUCCAGGACUAUAAGAUGAAGUACAGAGAGAACACACCCAUUGUUCUUAAUGGGCUCGACAUGAGCAUCCAAGCUAGAGAGAAGCUGGGCAUUGUGGGAAGGACAGGCUCAGGGAAGUCCUCAUUGGGUGUUGCUCUGUUCAGACUAGUGGAGCCAGCAGCAGGAACCAUCAUGAUAGAUGGAGUGGACAUCGCUACCAUUGGUCUGAAGGAUCUGCGCAGCAAAUUAUCCAUUAUCCCCCAGGACCCUGUGCUGUUUAUUGGCACAGUCAGGUACAACUUGGACCCAUUUGACAACUACAGUGAUGCAGAUAUUUGGUCAGCACUGGAGAAGACCUACAUGAAGGACUCGAUCCUUAAACUGGAAGAGAAGCUACAAGCACCGGUACUGGAGAAUGGAGAGAACUUCUCUGUAGGAGAGAGACAACUCAUGUGUAUGGCCAGAGCUUUACUGCGCAACUCCAAGAUUAUUCUGCUGGAUGAGGCAACAGCAUCCAUUGAUGCAGAGACCGAUGCCCUGAUCCAGACCACUAUCAGAGAGGCCUUCCAAGACUGUACUAUGCUCACCAUCGCCCAUCGCAUCAACACUGUCAUGUACUCUGAUCGGAUUCUGGUUAUGGACAAUGGAAAGGCAGCAGAACUGGACGCCCCAAAUGUGCUUCAACAAAGACCAGGCUCUCUGUUCUCUUCUCUCCUCACUGCUGCAAACACUGUGAACACCUGAAGUGAAGUGAUAAUAAUCUUAUAAAAGGGAUGAUGGUUAAUGUUGAAACACUUUUUUUUUCACCUUCAUUGUAAAUAGUUGUUUUUUUUUACUGCACUUAUUUACUAAAUGUUUUACAUCACUGGUGUUCUUUCAAAGACUUUUAAUAUGAGUAAAUGUGAUCUGUAAGUACAGUUUUGAAACAUUAUUUAUUGAUUUUCUAUGUCUUUGUGUAAUGCCUCUGUAUAAACCACUAUUUGUCUAAAUGUAUUGAAAAUGCAUUUUAGUAUCUUGAAGAACUCUUAAUGGA